AUAACUUUCUAGUAACAGCAUCUUCCAGUGGUGACAAAAUAGUAGUUUCAAGUUGCAAAUGUAAGCCUGUUCCACUUUUGGAGCUUGCUGAAGGGGUGGGAACCUGUUGAUUCUUGACUUAGGACUAUACCGUGCCUAGGUCAGUAGUUUAGUCUGACCAUUGAAUGCUGGUGGUGUAACUACCCUUAGUGACCCUGGACUCAGGACAAUCAGCAGAAGACCCAUGUCUGAUGGUAGCCCUUGCUUCGGAUUUUGUCCCUCUUGGACUCAGGGGCUGCCUGACCCUCCCUCAGUCCCUCCUUGAUCGGGAUGGCUUUGUCAAAAUCCCACGGCACAUAAAUGAAGCUCUCACUGCAUAUUCUUUCCUUAUCGUUUUGUUGUAUAAGUUAAUCCCUCUGAUUGGGGAUAAUACUGGCUUCUUUAUUUUUGUUCUCCUUGAAAACUUUUUCUUCUUAAAAUAAGCAAAAGCAGACAUGUGUCGAUUUAAAUUCCACAUCUAUGUAUUUGGUAAGCGGAGGCCUAAAUAAGACUGUUAACAUUUGGGAUUUAAAAUCAAAAAGAGUUCAUCGGUCUCUUACGGAUCAUAAGGAUGAAGUAACUUGUGUAACAUAUAAUUGGAAUGAUUGCUACAUUGCUUCUGGAUCUCUUAGUGGUGAAAUUAUUUUACACAGUGUAACCACUAAUGUAUCUAGUUCUCCUUUUGGUCAUGGUAGUAACCAGUCUAUUCGGCACCUGAAGUACUCAGUGUAUAAGAAAUCGCUGUUGGGCAGUGUUUCAGAUAAUGGACUGGUAACUCUCUGGGAUGUGAAUAGUCAGAGCCCGUACCAUAACUUCGGCAGUACACAUAAGGCCCCAGCUUCAGGCAUCUCCUUUUCUCCUGUCAAUGAAUUGCUGUUUGUAACCAUAGGCUUGGAUAAAAGAAUCCUCCUCUAUGACACUUCGUGUAAGAAGCUAGUGAAAACUUUAGUGACCGAUACUCCUCUGACUGCAGUUGAUUUCAUGCCUGAUGGAGCCACUUUGGCUAUUGGCUCUUCCCGUGGGAAAAUAUAUCAGUAUGAUUUAAGGAUGUUGAAAUCGCCAGUUAAAACCGUCAGUGCUCACAAGACAUCUGUGCAGUGUAUAGCGUUUCAGUGCUCCACUGCUCUUACUAAGUCAAGUUUAAAUAAAGGCUGCUCAAAUAAGGCCGCAGCAGUGAACAAACGGACUGCUAACGUGAGCGCCCCUGGGGGAGGGGUGCAGAAUUCCACAGUCGCCAGAGAAGCAGCCCCCGCCCCCAUAGUCACAGUUCUGUCGCAGCCCCUGACAACAGCUGCUGCAAAAGGAGGUGUUACUGCUCAGGACAAAGCAGGUUUGCCUCGAAGCAUAAACACAGAUAUUUUGUCCAAGGAAACAGACAGUGGAAGAAAUCAGGAUUUCUCCAGCUUUGAUGACACAGGAAAAAGUAGUUUAGGUGACAUGUUCUCACCUGUCAGAGAUGAUGCUGUAGUUAACAAGGGAAGUGAUGAGACUGUAGCCAAAGGAGAUGGCUUUGAUUUUCUCCCACAGUUGAGCUCAGUGUUUCCUCCAAGGAAAAAUCCAGUAAAUUCAAGUACUCCAAUUUUUCAUUCUAGUCCUCUUAAUGUCUUUAUGGGAUCUCCAGGGAAAGAAGAAAAUGAAAAUCAUGAUCUGACAGCUGAGUCUAAGAAAACAUAUCUGGGAAAACAGGAACCUAAAGACUCCUUAAAACAGUUUGCAAAGUUGAUCUCCUCUGGUGCUGAAACUGGGAAUCUGAAUACCUCUCCAUCCUCUAACCAAACAAGAAAUCUUGAGAAAUUUGAAAAGCCAGAGAAAGAAACUGAUGCCCAGUUGAUAUAUGAACCCCCAGUAAAUGGAUCCUCAACUCCAACUCCAAAGAUAGCAUCCUCUGUGACUACUGGAGUUGCCAGUUCCCUCUCAGAAAAAAUAGUCGAUACGAUUGGAAACAAUCGGCCAAAUGCACCAUUGACAUCUGUUCAAAUCCGCUUUAUUCAGAACAUGAUACAGGAGACAUUGGAUGACUUCAGAGAAGCAUGCCACCAGGACAUUGUGAAUUUGCAAGUGGAGAUGAUUAAACAGUUUCAUAUGCAACUGAAUGAAAUGCACGCUUUGCUUGAGAGAUACUCAGUGAAUGAAGGUUUAGUGGCUGAAAUAGAAAGACUACGAGAAGAAAACAAAAGACUACGGGCCCACUUUUGAAAUUUCAGUGAAUACCUUAAUGUUUAGUAAUUUUUGAAGUUUCUGGUAACACAGAACUACAUAGAAUCAGUAUUGUGUUCAUGACCUCUGCGGGAUGCUUUUUCAGGUUCAGGGUGUUGAGAUUUUGUACCAACCAUUGUUUCAUCCUCUCUGUCAAAAAUAUUUAUAUUUUUAUAUUAAAUACUGCAAUAUUUCAUCUGCCUUAAGGAAAUUCACAGGGUCUUUAUUUUCUGAAAGCUUUAUACACUAAGUGCCCUUUUUCAUGAGCAAAUAAAAUUUCAUAAAAAUAGAAUUUCAUAAAAAAUGUUUGUUUUUUCAUUACCUUUUUUUACUGAUACAUAUUUGAUUGACAAAUUACCUUACAAAUUUUUGGGGUGUAGUUGAGAUUUAAAACUUUCAUAUGCUUUCUAUUUUUGUGCAGAAAGAAAUUUUAAAAUGGCAUUUGAUUUUUUUUAAAGCCACUGACAAAUAAAACAGAGUUGGCUAGUAAUUAUUUUAUUAACUUGAUGACAUGAAGUAUGACUAUUUAUUUCUUGUACAUGUGAUAAUUUUUGAAAUUUUGAAUUGUACAAAUAAACUAUAUCUUUUGCAUUAAUGCUAAUGUACUUCUGCUAGCUCUCUACUCCUGCUUGGUAUUUAUUACCUAACUUUGUGAGAGCUAAUAUAUCUGCUGAUAAUUUUAUGAAUUAAUAACAUUUAAAUUUAUACUACAAAGUUUUCUUCACCAUGACUCAGCAUACAAUCAGUGGAAAUUUCAUAUUAGAUGCAAAAUACUAUAGUAUUAUUGCCACUUUUUUUCCCAAGUGAAAAAUAUGGAUUAUUUUGUUCUGUGGUUUGUAGUGUAAACUUUCUCUAAUUCCUUGUGUGUUGUGGAUUUUAAAAAUUAUUGACUUUACCAUAAAAUUAUUUAUAAAGGUUCAUUAUGAAAAGAAUUUUUGCUUCUUGGGCAAUAGUUGAACAUGUAGAGCUACCUGCUGUGAUCUCUACUUUUAGUGGUGUAGGAUAAGGAGGUCUGCUCACAUGUUUACGUUAUGUCUCUUGUCCUAAGAUUUAAACUCUGUGUAUCAUCUGUUUAACUCGGCUGCCCAAUUUUGGCUUUUGAGUUGAAAAUAUUUACCAGAAUUUGAAAAGAAAAAAAACCACACACACACACACAGCCCUAGUUUAGCUUGCUAACUUUGUUUUUCCGAAGUGAUGGAAAAUAGUAAAAAUCU